UCCUUUAUCGCCUCCUCACAUCGAAACUCUAUCCAAACCACUCGAAUCUCGGAAACCCUAAUUCACAAAACUCAAGGAGGAAGAAGAAAAACAAGAGCGCAGCGAUGGCGGAGCAUUUGGCUUCAAUCUUUGGGACGGAGAAGGACAGAGUGAACUGCCCCUUCUACUUCAAAAUAGGGGCGUGCAGGCACGGCGAUCGGUGCUCCAGGCUUCACACGAAGCCCAGCGUCAGCCCGACUCUGUUGCUCUCCAAUAUGUACCAGAGGCCCGAUAUGAUCACCCCCGGCGUCGACGCCCAGGGCCAGCCUAUCGACCCCCGCCAGAUGCAAACCCAUUUCGAGGAAUUUUAUGAGGAUCUCUUUCAAGAGCUGAGUAAGUAUGGAGAAAUUGAAAGCCUGAAUGUCUGCGACAACCUAGCUGACCACAUGGUGGGCAAUGUGUAUGUUCAGUUCAGGGAGGAAGAACAUGCUGCAAAUGCACUCAAGAAUCUGACUGGAAGAUUUUAUGCUGGGCGUCCUAUCAUUGUGGACUUCUCUCCAGUGACAGACUUCCGUGAAGCCACCUGCAGGCAAUAUGAGGAAAAUACAUGCAAUCGUGGUGGAUACUGCAACUUUAUGCAUCUGAAAAGGAUUGGGAGGGAAUUGAGGCGUGAGUUAUUUAGGAGCUACCGGCGAAGGCAUAGCCGGAGUCGAAGCAGGAGCCGCAGCCCUUACAGGCAUCGUAGCUAUGAAGAACGCCCUCAUGGUAGCCAUGGUCAUAGCAGAAGGUAUGAUGAUGGGGAUCGGUAUCCUGAGAGAAGGAACAGGACUGUAAGCCCUGGCCGAAGUAGGCGGGAACGCAGUAGAAGCAAGAGCACUGAAAGGAGGAGGAGAAGGAACCACAGUCCAGUUAGAGAAGGCAGUGAGGAGAGACGAGCCAAAAUUGAACAGUGGAACAGGGAAAGAGAACAAAAUGAAAUUGCUUUCAAGGUCACCUCUGUCAAAAGUGACAAUGGGCAUGCUCAAACUGAAAAUCAGAACGGCUAUGAGUAACAUCAUUUGCAGCAACAGCCGGAGUGAGUAGGGUAUGUAUUCUGAUAUUUUGAGACUGUUUUUACUUUUGCUCUCUCUCUCUCUCUCUCUCUCUCUCUCUCUCUCUCUACACACACACACACACAUAUAUAUAUAAUAUCUACCUCUCUACGUAUACGUGUGUAUAUGUGUAUAUAUGGGGAGGUAAAUGUUAUGAUAUUCUGGAGUCUCUUUCAAGAAAAAAAAUUCCCUGCAAUAAGUAUAGCUCACACCCCAUUUUCUGUGCAGGUGGUGUGCAGGUUCACACUUCUGUGAUAUGGAAUUGAAAUGAAUUUAUAAUUGCAUUCAUAUUGUGUGACUGCAUGUGUUUUGCUAUCAAUACCAUAUUAAACCAAAAGCAACUACUCUAGUGUCACCUAUGAUGGUGAGACAUAGCAUUGUGUAUAUGUAGCAACUGGACUACUUCUCUUUUCCACUUGAGGAAAGAGAAACGCUCUUAAAAUCAAUCAGGAGUGGUUACCUGUUUGAUGGGUUUAUUUUUGAGUCUAGGGUUUGCUCAUCUUGGAACCUUCAAGCUGAAGCAUCCGUACCUUCCCCCCUUGUUUUCUACACUUAGCUUGGAAGUCUUGAACCUUUCACUCUACUUUCCUUUAGAAAGUUAUUGCUUUUGCUUCUGAGUUGGCAACUACGAGAUGAUGCGAAUCUUGAGAAACAAAGGAUAGAAAGAAAAUAGGGGCUUAGGAGGGCAAUAAGGUUAAACCAAGUAUUAUUGUUAAUUAGAGCUUUCCCGCUUUGGAAAGGCAAUUUUAUAUCUAUAGAAUCUGGAAAGUACCCGAGUUUUUUAGGAUGCUUUGAAUAAUUAGCUCCCUGAACCUCUAACUGAACUUAUCUUGCUAAUCUAAAAUAAAAAUUGCUGAACUUAUCUUUGUUUUUGGGCAUCGCUGUAGAUUUUCAUAUAGGCCAGUCUGGUUUGUGUGCAAUUAGGUUUUUAGUGUUUGCUUGCUUUGCAUACAUAUUAUAGUCAGGGGUUCCUUGAGCAACACAAAUCAAAGACUAGUGAAAGAUCAAGUAUCAUGGUUCUUUUGUGGGUUUCUUUUCUUCUAUCUUUUAUCUUUUACUUAUUUGCAAAGUGAUAGUUAUGGUCUUACGUCAUUUACUAGUUUUGCAGGUUCAGGUAUUCCUGCUUCUGAGGUCCCAGCAUUUUUUCAUUUUAAUUGCAGCUUACCAUGGAAUUUGUUUACAGGUUGGCUUCUGCAGCGUGCUAGCAGAAAUCGUCCUUGUCUAAUCAUGAUGCAGGUCGGAUGUGGCAGCUAAUGGUUUUUUUUUCUUUUACUUUCUGUUUUUGUUUCUGAAGGUAUCAUCAUGUUUGGGAUUGUACUAGUUUCUGGAUCUUUAGUGGAGAUGAUAAUUUCUACAGAUUUUAAUUGGUUGUAAAGAUGUUGGAAUGAUGUUUGAGAUUUUGCUAUUUUGUUGCCCAAGUGUUUUUGUUUA